CCCUGGUAACACGACAUACAACGAGGAAGAAGAACAGAAUCAUAGACCGGUAGCCGGUCUAGCUAGACACUGAUCGUGGUACCAUUGCCACUACCAAGCUGUCCCACUUGGAAAUUUAGCUUCUUAUAUUCGUAUCCGGAAGGUGUUGUAACAGAAGAGAAAAGCAAGCAAACACCGGCAAAUAGACCACUAGAUGAUAAUAGACAGCCGGCAGAUAUGGCGACUAUACACGAUGACGACGAAAGGCUUCUAGCCCGUAUCGGUUAUAAACAGGAACUUAGACGUGAGUUCUCAAGAUGGUCGACUGUUUCUUAUGCCAUUUCAAUUCUUGGAGUGCUGGGUUCAGUUCCGGCCACAUUCUCAUACCCGCUCGCAGCCGGCGGACCAGCUGCUGUCGUCUGGUGUUGGUUCAUUGGCUCUUGUAUGUCAAUGUGUGUCGGCAGCUCUGUGGCCGAGCUGGUAUCUGCCUAUCCUACCGCCGGUGGUAUGUACUUUGUCACCAAGCAUGUUGUACCAAAGGAACAGGUCGCCAUUUUUGCAUGGAUUCAGGGAUGGUGCAAUCUUCUUGGCCAGACGGCAGGUGUGUCGAGCGUCGCAUAUACUGUCAGUCAGAUGCUUCUAGCCUGUGUCAGUAUGAAUUCGACUUAUCAAAGUAAUGGGGAGUACUCCUUUUCUCCAACGGCUGCCCAGACAGUACUUGUGUCUAUAGCACUGCUGUGUGUAAUGGGUGUCAUUUGUUCCCUUUCGACAAAGACAUUGCAUCGGACUGUUAUGUGGUUUGCACCAGUAAAUAUGCUUGCGACUGUUGGUAUAUGUGCCGCGAUCUUAUACUUGACUCCCGAAAAACAGUCUGCCAAAUGGGUGUUCACUACCGUAACAGAUGGAUCGGGAUGGGGGUCAAAGACUUUCUCGUUUCUCCUCGGGUUUUUGUCUGUAACAUGGACGAUGACUGAUUACGACGGAACAACCCACAUGUCCGAAGAAACUCACGACGCGGCUGUGCUGGGACCACGGGCCAUCCGAACGGCAGUUCUCGUAUCAGGAAUUUUCGGAUGGCUACUGAAUGUGUCCAUGUGCUUUUGUAUCAAUGACCUGGAUGCAGUAUUGAACAGCCCAACUGGAAUGCCUGCAGCUCAAAUCUUCCUUAAUGCCGGUGGCCAGACCGGAGGAACUGUGAUGUGGUUUUUUGUGAUUCUAGUUCAGUUCUUCACCGGGUGCUCUGCAAUGUUGGCUGAUACUCGGAUGACUUAUGCAUUUGCUCGAGACGAAGCCCUGCCAUUCUCGAAGUUUCUAGCUAAAAUCAACUGGAUAACACAUACUCCUGUGAAUUCCGUCUGGUUUGUGGUCUUCUUCAGUACCGUACUCAACCUGAUUGCUAUCGGAUCAACUCAAACAGCAACUGCUAUUUUCAACGUUACCGCCCCUGCUUUGGAUCUUUCGUAUAUCGCGGUGAUUCUCGCUCAUCGGAUUUAUAGACAUCGUGUCCGGUUUAUAGAAGGGCCGUUUACCCUUGGACGAUGGGGCGCACCUGUGAACUGGAUCUCAAUAGUAUGGGUUAUGUUCAUUAGUAUUGUGCUAUUCUUCCCUACCACGAGACCUAUUACAGCGGCAAAUAUGAACUACGCUGUAUGCGUAGCCCUUUUCAUUGCCAUCUUCUCUUUAUCGUGGUGGUGGCUGUCAGCUAGAGACAAAUAUAUCGGUCCUCGUACCAAAGACCUUAUGGAGUCCGUUCCGGAAGACGAUUACGACGACCUCGGUCAACGGAACUCGAACGACGUAUGAUUGGACAUGUUGAUAUAUCAUGUCAAUGCUAGAUUUUAGGUUUUCGAUUUCGGUUAAAGAUAGAGAAGCGCUAGAGGGUCGGAUUACACUAUAGCGCAGAUUGGCGAUAAACGAUAAAAUUUCUUCUGAAUAUCACUGCCGCAGCAGAAGUUAUAGGGCAUUCAGUCCGUUCCGCAAUAUUCAAGGUUCGGGUCGUUCAUCGUAACGUUAAAAUCCCAGCCAGGUAUUUUUAUACCUAAGUGAAAACUGCUCCCUAUAUUAAAUCAUUGCAUCCCAAGGUCACUCGGCAUUGAGCACCAUAGAGUUCUUAAUUAUGUAAUAUUACACUUCAAUAAACUACAUAGCCCUCGUGGUUCCCUUUCCGUACUCAGUUCUUCCAUCGCAAGCUCUUGUUGCCUUGUUACCGAUCUGUUUGGUUGUUGGCUUGUAUUCACCGUGGGUUGACCGGGCUCCUGACUAUCAUGUAGUCAUGCACUACCAGUAACAUUACUACCAACAACGACCUUGGAGACGGUCUCGCAGAACGCCUUGCCCUGACUUGUGGCAAUUUGCAGUUCUAGUGCGCUGGGUUGACGCGAGCCAUCGGUAGC